AUGGCCAUUCGGCUCCCUGAUGCACCGCCCUCGUGGGGGCACAGUUCCGAGGAGGAUCAGCGAAAGCAUCAUGAAUAUGCCAUGGCCGUAGUUCAGGGAAUGAAACGCUGUAUCCGAAAAAUCCCAAAUUGGGCCAAAUUGUAUAAUGUUAGACAGGAAAAGAAUGAGAAUCCAGCCGCUUUUUAUGAGCGCCUGUGUAACACCUGUAAGAGAUAUACUGACCUUGAUCCAGAGGAUGACAAUGGAAAGCGGGAAGGGAGUUGCCCAGUCCGAAUUCGACAAUAUCCCCUUAAGUUGACCACUCGAAUCGGGUUAAAACCUUUGAUUCAAAAGUUUGUACAAUGCGGGUGGCUAAGGGAAGGCACCUCCCCAUACAAUACUCCAAUAAUGGGAGUGCCUAAACCCAAUGGACAAUACCGGCUAGUGCAGGAUUUAAGGCAGGUUAAUAAGCUGAUAGAAGCGCCCUAUCCAGUGGUCCCGAACCCUCAUACAAUUUUAGGACAAGUACCGAAGAACCAUGGCUGGUUCUCAGUUAUAGAUUUAAAAGAUGCCUUCUUUUCCAUCCCCCUUGAUCUGGAGUCUCAGAAGUUGUUUGCCUUUGAGUGGGAGGACCCCGACACCCACUACAAAGCCCAAUACCUCUGGACCGUUGUCCCGCAGGGUCUUACCUGUGCACCUGAAAAUUUUGGUAGCCAGCUACGAAGGGACCUUGCCCCAUUCUUAGCUCGCCACCCUGCGUGCAACAUAGUCCAGUACUGUGAUGAUUUACUUUUAAGUACUGAAACAGAACAGUCCUGUAAAGAGCAAACUGUAGAACUGCUUAACUUUCUGGGAGCGCAGGGGUACAAAGUUUCUAGAGAGAAAGCACAAUUGGUCAAACAACAGGUUACUUUUCUUGGAUAUCAUCUCUGUCAGGGAAGUCGCCGCUUGGGUAGCGAUAGGAUUCAGGCUAUACUCGACAGCCCUCAGCCCCGGAAUCCUAGAGAAUUAAGAGCCUUCCUGGGACUGACCGGCUUCUGCCGGCUUUGGAUCCCUGACUACGGGGGAAAAGCCAGACCACUUUAUGAAGCUCUAACUAAAGAAGGUCUGUUGCACUGGAGAUGGACCAAGGAAAAAGAAAAAGCAUUUCAAGAGCUUAAAAAGGCCUUGGUUCAACCCCCUGCUCUGGCUCUCCCAGAUCCUCGGAAGCCAUUCACCCUAUAUGUUCAUGAAAGAGCAGGGGUAGCGUCUGGGGUCCUCUGUCAAAAGUCAGGACCGACCUGGAGACCCAUCGGUUAUUAUUCCCGAGUCUUAGAUCCAGUUGCCAGGGGCUGGCCAGCUUGCUUGCAAGCUGUUGCAGCAACCGCUCUCCUUGUACAGGAAGCCGAAAAGUUAACCCUGGGUGGAGACACUGAGGUCGUGGUACCUCACGGGGUGCCCCAGAUACUAGGGACAGGGGCCGGGGACAGACAUCUGAACCCUAGUCGGCACACUAAAUAUGAGCGCACAAACCAAAAAGGAUCUGGCCCCCCUGUCCCAAUGGGAGGCCGGCCCUGGGCUGCCUACCCCUUCCAAAGGUGGCAAGUGGACUUUGCUGAAGUGCCUCCUUGCCGAGGCUACAAAUACUUGCUUGUUUUUGUAGACCAACUCACUGGGUGGGUGGAGUGUUUCCCCACCCGACAUUGUCAGGCUUGGGCGGUUACCAAGGCCCUGCUACACGAAAUACUUCCCAGGUUCCACCUCCCCGAAGUAAUUGAGUCAGACCGGGGAAGUCAUUUCAUCUCCCAAGUGGUUCAACAGGUGGCACAGGCCCUCGGUAUCCAAUGGAAAUUGCAUACGCCCUGGAGGCCACAAAGUUCAGGUCAAGUAGAGAGGAUGAAUAGGACCCUCAAGGAUACUCUAACUAAACUCUGCAUGGAGUCCGGUUUAAAGUGGCCUGAUGCCCUACCACUUGCUCUUACCCGCAUUCGAAGGGCCCCACGCAAGGGUCUGAGACUUUCGCCCUUUGAAUUUGUUUUCGGGUUCCCUCCCCGAGUACUCAUCCCCGGGUUUCGGGAGGAUGUAAACUGGGAGGUAGGGAACGACUCCUUGUGGAAGAAGGUCUCUGCGCUGCAAUCUGUCUUGUUUCAGCUACACCGAUAUGCAGCGCCCUUCCAGGCUCUUCCCUUGGAUCGACCUGUGCAUUCGUUCCAGAUCGAUGACCGGGUCCUUAUUAAGAAGUGGAAGCGAGAUCCUCUCACAUCACGGUGGGAAGGCCCAUAUACUGUUUCGCUCAUCAGCCAAGCCGCCGUUAAGGUUCUUGGGAACGACAAGUGGACCCACUACACACAAGUUAAACGAUUCGCAAGUUCGGAUCCAGAGGACGAAUCAACCGAAGAGGACAACAGCCCUCUGCUCGCCCCGGCUCCAGACGCCCGGGGUGACACAGGUGAAGACUCCAACUGGGAGUAUCAAGGACUAGAGGGCCUAAAGGGACUUUUCAAAAGGAGGAAACAAUGA